AGUGUCUCCUGGUGGGAAUUGGAGGGAGCAAAUACGAGGCGCGACGCGACGCGUACUGACGCGUACGUACGCACAGACGGACGGACGGUCGGACGGACGGACGUAGGAACGUGAAGCGGCAUAACCGUCAGGGUAGGGUAAAAUCGUGCAGGGGUAGGGCAGGUGAGUCGCCUAUACGAAAAUCGCCGGAGCGAAGUGGCAGCCGAUAGUCCGUGCGAAAAGACGAAGCCCGUCAGUUAAGUGCGGCCGCGUGGAGAAGCGUGUUCGUCGUUGGCUGAUUAGUUAGUUGAUUCGAGCGACCGACCGACCGCCCGCCUGUCCAAAAAUUGCGAACACCGUGUGGACAUCGUUGACGAUAAUAAAUAAAUUCGUGACACUCGAUGUCCUUCUUGUGGAUUGUAUCAUCGCUGUGAGAAAAAUCAAAGAGAUUCAAUAGUGAAGACUGAGGCAGAAGUCAGUAACUGUUCGUCGAGGUAAUAAACUUUUUCCGUGCCUUGCGGAAAUUCUACGGGUAAGCAGUCGUUGACGCCAGUUGACGCUUAACGUACGUUUAGUCUGGUCGAGUGAAGCCGGUUGGCCGCGAGUACAACGAGCACCGGGAAUUGCUGGAAACAGGAGCACGAGAGGAACGACACGAAGGAGUUUAUGUGUCGGAGAAGGUGACAAGAGGAGUGAAUUAGAGGAGAGUUUAACGGUGUGGCAGAAGCAGCAUCUGAUCAGAAACAUCAAGAUGACGAGUAUAGUGGCAGAUCUGGUGCACGGUUACAGGGACCUCAUGGACAAUAAGUCUGAUCCCAGGAUCAACGAUUGGGCGAUGAUGAGCAGCCCCUUCCCCACUGUAGCGAUAUGUCUGUCAUACGCAUACUUCAGCAGGGUUCUGGGACCCAGGUUAAUGGAGAACAGAAAGCCAUUCGACCUGCGUGGGAUACUCAUCGCCUACAAUCUCAUUCAGACCCUCUUCUCCACGUGGAUCUUCUACGAGUACCUGAUGAGCGGAUGGGCGAGGGGCUACAGUUUCCGGUGUCAGCCAGUCGAUUACUCUAACAACCCUAUGGCUCUGAGAAUGGCUAACACAUGUUGGUGGUAUUAUUUCAGCAAAUUUACCGAAUUCUUCGACACGCUCUUCUUCAUUCUGAGAAAGAAGAACCAGCACGUGUCGACCCUCCAUGUAAUUCAUCACGGUGUAAUGCCGUUCUCCGUGUGGAUGGGUAUGAAGUUUGCACCGGGUGGGCACAGCACCUUCUUCGCCUUGCUGAACACCUUCGUGCACAUCAUCAUGUACUUUUAUUAUAUGGUAGCAGCGAUGGGACCAGAAUACCAGAAGUACAUCUGGUGGAAGAAGUACUUGACCACAUUGCAAAUGGUGCAAUUCGUUCUCAUCAUGACCCACCAGUUCCAGUUGCUCUUCACUGAAUGUGAUUAUCCACGUAGCUUCAUGAUCUGGAUCGGUCUUCACGGUGUUCUCUUCCUCGGCUUGUUCUCCGACUUCUACAAGACGAAAUACAGUUCAAAGUCUGGCAGGGGUUCGAGGAAACAUGGCGGCAAAGAUGAGGAGGAUACCGGUAACACAGGUGCCUGCAUGCCCGUCCUCGAGGAGCCAAGGCAGAACGGAGUGUCUUCCUACGCGACGAUCUACAACAAGGAGUACAACAGCUGUUACAGCAAUGGAACGAACAACGGUUACGUGGCGAAUAACAAUACGGAGAAGAAGCUUGCCUAA